AUGCAGUCAUCCAACACUGUCUACGAAGUCGACUUCAAGUGGAAGAAGAUGAAGGCUUUAGUCUCUGAGAAAGAUCCUCAGACAGACACCUCAACGCCCAAGUACAUCGUCGACUAUCAUGCUUUCAAAUGCACCGCCCUCGUCUUCCAUCCUUACGAUGACCCAGAAGCUGUAAUCGGCACCGGUACACUUCACCCCGUCACAAUCCACGCGACCUACGAGCUCCACGGCCAAAAAGGCACUAUCAAAGCACUAAAGCGCUUCGUGACAUCAUACACCCACCUAUCAUACAACUACUCCAACAAUCCUGACGGAACACCCGCUGCUAUGAAAUGGACGAGCGGCAGUAGCUUCAAGACAUGGGACUUCAUCUGCCUCGACGAGCAAGAGUCUGCAGUGGCCAAGUUUUCUGCCAACUGCUGGUCACUCAACAAUAUCGGAUGUGUCGAGUUUCUAGGGCCCAAGGCCAAUGAUCCUGCGGCAAGGGAAGAGAUCUUGGUAACUGGUAUGACAUUGUUUUAUCAGAUGGUCCUUCGUGCGACCAACUUCUUAAAUUUUGGUGGUGCUAUUUUUGCAAGGGCAGGGCCGUUGGACAAGGAGGCUGCGCCCAAGAGACCGAUGGAAAAUGUGGACGGCAAGAGUAUCAAUGGAUCGGAAGCGACUUCAGGAAUAGAUACAGGCUUUGAGAAACCAUAG